GAGGCACUCGCGAACUACACACAAGCAAAUUACACAUAAACGAAUUGUACGUACGACCAAUGACUGUGUGUGUGUAUCGUAAAUCUCCAUUCAUUCAUUCCCGCAUCUCGAGAGCGAAGCGGACUCCUUCCCUAUCCGUCUUACUACGCGACGCCGCGCAGUACAUCAUUGCACCUGUUUAGCGAAUUGCAGUAUGGUGUGGGUUUGUUGAUUUUGUGCUGUACAUCGAAAAGGAGAUGCUCCAUUUGUGAUUUCACUCUUUAAGAUUUUAUUAUUGUGAAAGCAACCUGCCCAUGGACUGAAGAUACACAGGGAGGAAGAUAUUAAAGAAUUCCAAGAGCGGGUUUGCCAUUUGAGAGCGAGAAAUGGCUGAAUUCGACGGGAAUAUAGUAACGGAAUGGCUCCGAUCGCUCGAUAUGAUGGCCUACUCGCAGGCUUUCUUGGAUAACGGGUAUGACGAAUUGGAAACAUGCAAGCAAAUUGGACCAGAAGAUUUGGACGCGAUUGGCGUUGUAAACUUGGAGCAGAGAAGCGACUUGCUUAUGGCAGUCGACAGGCUCCGAGAAGAAGGAGGAACGGCCGUUUAUUUCACCCUCGUCGGGCCAUCCUCCGACGAUGAUGAUGACGGAGGAAAUACCGUUGACGAGCUCUCGACGGGGAGGGUUCCGAGCGUGGACUGGACCGGCAGCGAUGCGGGGUCGGCCGACUCCAGGGCUCCGCUAGUGAGCAGGGUCGGGCGGACGCCAUCGAUGGAAUCGGCAGAUGCAAAUAUGGGAUUAGGAUUAGGAUUAGUAGGGUUACCACAUGUGUACCGGGAUGCACCCUGUUUACCGAAUAGAGGAUUAUACCGGGAGAGGAGAACAUCAGCAGAUAGCAGAGUUUUGAGUAAUACACCCGACAUACUACGAAAGGUAAGUAGAUCUACCAUUCUCAAGUCAUAUUCACCCUGUUCACAGAGUCACAGAUUUGUGGUUCACAAAUGGCACUCGAGUCUUAUUGUUUCCAUUUCAACGACAUUGACAUGGAUUUGA